AUGCCAUUUCCAAUCGUGGACUCACAUAUACACCUCUUUCCAGCUUCACACCUGCCAUCGCUAGCCUGGUAUGGUCCCAAUAGCCCUCUAGGAUCCCAGCACUGCGUAGAUGAAUAUCGCCAAGCAACCUCAUCCACCCCAAUCGUCCCAGAUUCAACAAAAUCAAAUUAUCACCGCGGAUUCAUCUUUAUCGAGACAGACCGGAUAUCGUCGAUUGAGGAAUCAGGUUAUGGAUGGAAGCACGUCCUCGAUGAAGUUUCCCUUCUCGCGCAGAUUGUUCGCGGAGAACCCAUCGACGAAGACCAAUAUCGCCAUGUAGAUCGUCCACCUUGCUUGGGAAUUGUGCCUUGGGCUCCGGUGCUUGGUGGUGCUGUCGUUCUGGAGAGGUAUAUGGAUAAGGCCAAGGAGGCGGCUGGGACAGACGACGUGUGGAGGAGGGUUCGAGGAGUGCGGUAUCUGGUCCAGGAUAAACCGUCUGGGGUGAUGUUGCAGCCAGGGUUUAUCGAUGGUCUGAAGUGGCUUGGGAGGGAGAAUUUGACGUUUGACUUGGGAGUAAGUGCAAGACAAGGAGCAUUGUGGCAGUUGCGAGAAGCUGUUGAGAUGAUGGAAAGAGUUUAUGAGGGUGUGGAUGAAAAAGACCAAGUGGUGAUGGUUAUCAACCACCUCUGCAAGCCAAACCUACGCCUUCCAUACACAUCUCCCGAAUCCAUUACUACCAACCCAGACUUCCUGGAAUGGAAGGCGUUCAUUACUGCCAUGGCGCAGCACCCCAAAACAUACAUGAAGCUCUCUGGUGGUUUCUCAGAAUUACCAUUGCUCACGCCAGCUCCUGAACCUGACAUUCCAUCCCUCGUCGAGAGACUUCACCCAUGGACUGAUGUGGUCUUUGAUGCAUUCGGCCCUGGUAGAGUGAUGUUUGGGUCUGAUUGGCCUGUUUGUAACCUUGGAGGAGGCGGGAACGAUGUAACUUGGAGACGAUGGAAGACUCUAGUUGAGGACAUUUUGGAGAGACGUGGGUUGAGUGAAGAGCAGAGAAGAGGUAUCUGGGGGGAAGUUGCACUGGAAGCCUAUGGGAUUAAGACCGAAGGACUGUAA